UCCGCGGCGGUCUACUCUCGCUUUUCAAACGAUGAUUUGUCAAUUUUCAAUUCGUAAAUCGAACGUGCGCGUUCCGCGUCUAUAACUUUGAAUCUGAGAGAAAGAAUUAAAAAGUGUUUGACAUAAAAAAAUAAAUAUAAUUUUUUUAUUAAAGUUGUUUUUUUUCAUUGUUAUUUUUAUGAGUGGCCAGUGAAUGUGAUAUUUAAUUGGACUGUUUUCCUUGAAGUAUCAAAGGAGUUUCUUUAGCCGAGCCAAAGACAACAUUUGGCACGAUGUACGGCCUACUCCUGGAGAACAUGGCUGAGUACAUCCGCCAGACGUAUGGAGAAGAACGAUGGGAGGAUAUCAGGCGGCAGGCCGGUGUAGAACAACCGUCUUUCUCCGUACAUCAGGUGUACCCGGAAAACCUCAUCACGCGACUUGCGAAGAAGGCGCAAGAGGUACUUGGCAUAACAGAGCGCGAGUUCAUGGACCAGAUGGGGGUUUAUUUCGUCGGAUUCGUGUCACAAUAUGGAUACGACAGAGUGCUAUCAGUGUUGGGACGACACAUGAGAGAUUUUCUCAACGGACUCGACAAUUUACAUGAAUAUUUAAAAUUCAGUUACCCAAGAAUGAGAGCGCCCAGUUUUAUCUGCGAAAACGAGACUAGACAAGGUCUGACGCUGCAUUAUAGGUCGAAGCGCAGAGGUUUCGUUUAUUAUGCAAUGGGACAAAUAAGAGAGGUAGCCCGCCAUUUUUACCACAAAGAAAUGCGAAUAGAGUUACUAAGGGAGGAAUUGUUAUUUGACACAGUCCACGUGACAUUUCAAUUGACAUUUGACAAUCGUGCUUUCACGUUGGCAUCACUGGCUAUGACGCGGGAAGAGAAACAUCUGCCAAUCAGCGCGUCGGUUUUGUUUGAAAUAUUUCCUUUUUGUAUUGUCUUUGGGUCAGACAUGGUGGUGCGGAGUAUUGGAAAUUCAUUGAUGGUUAUUUUGCCCGAUUUAGUCGGAAAGAAAAUAACGAACUGGUUUGACCUCGUGCGACCUCUUAUCGCUUUUAAAUUCCAAACUAUCCUGAACCGUACAAACAAUAUCUUUGAACUGGUAACAGUUGAAGCGGUAAUGCACGAGAAAGCUCCGGACAAGAGGAACGAACUUCUGAGAUUGUCGGACGAGACUGAUGGCACUACAGAAAAAAACCUCAGAUUAAAAGGACAAAUGAUCUAUAUGGACAACUGGCGAAUGAUGAUGUAUCUCGGCACGCCCGUGAUGCCUGACUUGUCGGCUCUCGUCUCCACCGGACUCUAUAUCAACGACCUGUCCAUGCAUGACUUUAGUCGUGACCUGAUGCUUGCGGGAACACAACAAUCAGUGGAAUUGAAAUUAGCGUUAGAUCAAGAGCAGCAAAAGAGCAAAAAGCUAGAAGAGUCAAUGAGGAAGUUAGACGAGGAGAUGAAAAGAACUGACGAGUUGUUGUACCAGAUGAUACCCAAACAAGUUGCGGACCGGCUACGGAACGGAGAGAACCCCAUCGACACUUGUGAGAUGUUCGACAGCGUAUCGAUCCUGUUCUCCGACGUGGUCACCUUCACCGAGAUCUGCUCGCGCAUCACGCCCAUGGAAGUGGUCUCUAUGCUCAAUGCCAUGUACUCUAUCUUCGACACACUUACCGAGAGGAACAGAGUGUAUAAGGUGGAGACAAUAGGUGACGCGUACAUGGUGGUAUCAGGGGCUCCUGAGAAGGAAGAUAAUCACGCUGAGAAGGUGUGCGACAUGGCUCUUGACAUGGUCGACGCCAUCACAGAUCUUAAGGAUCCUAGUACAGGUUCUCACCUAUCUAUCAGAGUGGGAGUCCACUCAGGGGCAGUUGUGGCAGGUAUCGUGGGUCUCAAGAUGCCGCGGUAUUGUCUAUUCGGAGACUCCGUGAACACGGCUUCUCGUAUGGAAUCCACUUCAGAAGCCAUGCGGAUACAUAUCUCACAAACUACACAAGAACUCCUGUCUCCUUCUUACAUGGUCACUGAGAGGGGAGAGAUUCAGGUUAAAGGAAAAGGCGCAAUGAAAACCUACUGGCUAGAAGGCAGGGAAUCAAGACCCUCGCUCACCAAAAUGAUAUCACCGCAACUGCAGCCAGGCACAGAGUUAGAAUGGGAGCGAGCGGCCGACGUGCGAGACAGUAUCGCGGAACACUCAGCACAACAGCUGAACAACAAGGAGAUUAUGAACCAACAUCUUCCGAACUCAGUGAAUUCACCACCCACAUCGCUGGUCAACAGCUCGGGGAACUUGAUGGCUCUGCAGGUGCAGUCAACAACCGUCAGGAACUCUCAGAUGGCUGUCACUUCACCACUCGAGGAGAGACGGAUGUACUCACCGGUAACAUUUCAAGAUGUCGCUCGGAGGAGUAUAGCCAACUCUCCUAAUAGAGCUGAAAGGGAAAGAGAGUCAAGAUCAAACUCGACCAGCGUGGCGGCGGUGUGGACCGACGCUGAAUCCAUAGACCCACCAAGAACUGCUGACAGCCUUAAUUCUUCUGUAUGUUACAGUUCGACCUCACCUUGCAGAGUUGGAACAGCGCCCGCGCCCAAAGACCGUAACAACGAUAGCUUUUUGGAAACGUUGGCGACUGCCUGCAGCUGCGGUUGGCCGCCUUCGGAAUCAUGCGUUGACUUAUUGAUUGGUUGUGAGCAGUGCACGCGAAUGUCUCCCACGCAUUCGGCGCCAGCCGCGGUGGCCGACACCUAUGCCGCACUCAGGCCUGACACGGCGUCCACGGGGCCUAGGCACAGUGGCGACGAAAUAGAAACGGACACGGAAUACCAGGACGCCAACAUGGAAAUGAACCAGGCUCACACGUGCGAAAACUCCGACAACCAUCCCAAACAAGGAAAAGUUGGAAGGUUUCGGGCGCGCAUAGCUCCUGGCUACCAUAAAAACUGCAACCACAAACAAAUGAGCAAAGACUCGAUAAAGGAUAAACAGAUACCGGGGGGCAACGUGCAACCACACGGACACCACCACACGAAAAAUAUUAACCAUCAUCAAUGCUGUGGGGCAUUUGGCAACCCCCACGUUAGACAUAAAACGAGUAAUUCUAGUUGUCGUCUAAUUUAAGAGUAAUUAGAUUAUGAAUUUAAUAUUCGAAAUUUAACUUUGUAGUUUGUGAUUAUUGUCAGGCUUUAAGUUACAAUGAGCUGUGAUAGCCCAUUUCAUUGAACCGUUUAUUUACCGAAGGGUUUCUGGUAAUUACUCAAAAUAUUGUAUCAUAAUAUUUUGAGAUAAUUAACUGCCACUUUUGGUAUUUAUUUUUAUUUGUUGCUCCGCUGUCAUGUGCAUAAGUUUCCAUUAGUGAUGACUGAGCUAUUGAAUAGUUCUAUAUUUUUCCCAUAACAGAAAUUAGUGAUGUUAUACAAUAGGUACAAAAUAUUAAAUGGAUGCUUAAGCAUAAUAGGAAUGAGAUAUAAACUAGAUGAUGACAAUAUGGAGAUUACUGAAGGUUACAUGCGGGUUAAUAAAAUCAAACUCAGAUAGUUCCAGAAACUCGCAAUGUAUUAAUAAAACAAAGGAUUAUUUGAGUUUGUUUUAGAAACAAAUAGAAAAUACCUCUAGUCCACGUUGUUGUGUUUAUAAUUCAAAUUAUUUAAAUUAUAACUAAAUAUGUUUAGCGUUUAUUUAGGAAAUAGUUAGCAUAUUUUUCAUAAAAUAAGGUAUUUAUAAGCUAGUUUUUUAGAUCUCAGAAGUACACGACAUCCCAAAAAUAAUUCCAAAGAUUAUUGUUACGAGAACUACAUGGUGUCCCGAAAGAGUGUUGUCACAUAGGUACUCUUAUAUACAGAAUUCAUAUACAAAACUAACAAUAUUGUUCUUCUAACAUGAAGUACAUAUUAGGUAUAAUACUACAUUAACAUCGCUUAAAAAAAAUUAAUUUCUUACAAAAAUAUGUUUUAGAUGUAAAUAUAAGCUGCAUUCUAUCUAGUAAAGUAUCAUUUUGACAUCCAGCCAAUUGCUAAUACUACAAACAAGGCCAUGAAAUUAAAUUUACAUCUUUUGGGACGCCAUGUGUAUUAAAUCUUUAAAUGAGCUUUACAAGAUGACAAUAGACAUAUUUUAAUCAUAAAAAUAAUAUCACCUUUGAACACUGUUUGACAGUGUUAUUAUAUAGUAAAAAUGUAUACAAACAUCACUUUAGGAAAUAUUUUGAUUGAUAAGAUAUUUUUUUGUAUUAAAAAUCAAAGACCAUAAUAUUUUAAUGUCUAAAUGAUAGGUCGUUACAUAGUAGCGUUGUAUUAUAUUCUUGUUGUGGAAUAAGUUGUGUUAGACACAAUGUUGCUAUAAAUCGGCUUAAAAUAACCCUUAAAUGCUGUUAAUUAUAUGUAUUUCAACAGAACUUGAUGAAGAAUUACAUUGUAGUCUAGCGAUAACGAUUCGAUUAUUUUAUUAAAUACGUUUGAUAUUUUGUAUUUUGAAUAGCAUAAUCCAAGAAAAUAUUAGAUAUAGCUCAUCAAAAAUGUGUUUAAAAUUAUUAUCAAAAAUAUUUUGGGCACAAAAAUGCUCAAAAGAAAAAAAUUAUGAAAUGUCCGAAAAUGAAUCUGUUUUUCUUCUUCAACGUAAACUUCGAUAGUUUUUGUUGCACUUAAGGGUUAAAACUUGUAUCUAUAUCUAUAGUUUAAGUAUUCAAUUUUCCAUCAUUUAUAAAUAAAAAUUGAUAUAAAUAUUAUUACGUAGUUGAGUGUUGUGAGUCAAUUAAGAAAUUUUAUCUAGUCGUUUUGAGAUUAAAUGUUGUACUUACCAUUGUUUUCACUGUACUUACACAAUGAUGUUAGUCUUUUACUACAUCAAAUACAGCGAAUGCUUAUUCUUUGAAGUAUUAUAUUUAAACUAUGAUGUAUAGUUUUUAUUAAAAGUUAGAGAAAUUUAAUUUAUUUUUGGUCGUACACCUCGCAUUAUUCAUCAUAGGAGUAAGGAGAUUGUGGGGACGUCACAUGAAUUAAAAUAAACUUGAAGAAUAAUUGAGAAAUACCGGAAUAUAUGCAAUAUUUUUAUGAGAUCGGUUAUAUUCCAACUAAAGAAUAAAGAACAGUCUAGGAUUUAUAAUUUUCAGGCAAAAAAUAAGCCUUGGUCAAAAUGUUGAACUUUACAAUAGGUAAACUAUUUUUGCAAAAUAAAUAGUUUAAUCGAAUCGUAGCCCAUAUAGUCCGGUAUUUUUCAAUCUUUUAUUAGAAGUAACUACCCCUGGUUUUUAGUUAAUGUGAAAUUCUUAAGAGCUCGUUAUUGCGGACUUGUAUAUCUAAAUUAUAUAUACAAUAUACUUACACUUCACGAAAGCUUAGUUAGGUGUAAAUUAAGAAAUAAAUUAUGGCGAAUUCUUUCUAAUAAUGUAUAAACGUUGUUACUUAUGUGACGCAGAUUUCUCAAUGAUUUUCAUUGCCAAACUUGUGAAUGUCACAUUUGUGGAA